CCACGGGCUCUGCGCCUGGCGAUCGCGCGCAUCCUCUCCCGCACCGGGGCGGGCGGCUGGGCACACGGACGACUAAGACCCUGGAGCAAUGGGCGACUGGGGCUUCCUGGAGAAGCUGCUGGACCAGGUCCAGGAGCACUCGACCUUGGUGGGCAAGAUCUGGCUGACGGUGCUCUUCAUCUUCCGAAUUCUCAUCCUGGGCCUGGCAGGGGAGUCGGUGUGGGGCGAUGAGCAGUCAGACUUCCUGUGUAACACGGCCCAGCCGGGCUGCACCAACGUCUGCUAUGACCUGGCCUUCCCCAUCUCCCACAUCCGCUACUGGGUGCUGCAAUUCCUCUUCGUCAGCACGCCCACCCUGGUCUACCUGGGUCACGUCAUCUACCUGUCUCGGCGGGAAGAGCGGCUGCGGAAGAAGGAGGGAGAGCUGCAGGCGCUGCCGGCCAAGGACCCCCACGUGGAGCGAGCCCUGGCCGCCAUAGAGCAUAAGAUGGCCAAGAUCUCUGUGGCCGAGGACGGGCGCCUACAGAUCCGGGGUGCGCUCAUGGGCACCUACCUGGCGAGCGUGCUGUUCAAGAGUAUGCUGGAGGCGGGGUUCCUCUACGGCCAGUGGCGCCUCUACGGCUGGACGAUGGAUCCCUUGUUCGUGUGCCAUCGCGACCCAUGCCCUCAGCCCGUGGACUGUUACGUCUCGCGCCCCACGGAGAAGACCAUCUUCAUCAUCUUCAUGCUGGUGGUCGGACUCAUCUCCCUGGUGCUCAACCUGCUGGAGCUGGUGUACUUGCUGGGCCGCUGCGUCCGCCUGAAGGUGAAGGCGAGGCCGCACCAGUUGGCCCCGCCAGCCGAGAGCGCCUCCUCGGACCCUUACAAUGAGCAGGCAUUCUUCUACCUCCCCAUAGGCGAGGGGCCCUCGUCCCCACCCUGCCCCACUUACCAUGGGCUCUCAUCCAGCGAGCAGAACUGGGCCAAUCUGAGCACGGAGGAGAGACUGGCUUCUGCUAAGCCGCCUCUUUUCUUGGACUCCCCGCCUCAGAGUGGCGGGAAAUUCCCCAGCCGCCCCAGCAGCUCUGCUUCCAAGAAGCAGUACGUGUAGGAGCCUGGGGCUUACCUCAUCCAACAGGGGGGCCCUGGGAAGCCGGCUUCCUUAAAGACUCUAUAGAGAAGGUUGGCUCUGAGAUCCUGGGACCGAAGGGCACCCUGGCUUGGGCUCCAGGCCAUGCUUGGGACAAGCUCAGGCAGAGCUAGCUACACUAAGGGGGCUCCUGGGCCCUCUGGCCUGUUCCCCCUGUACUGAGGGUUCCCAAAACCACUGGCUCUACUUCCACCCUCGUGGAAGAGUCACCUCAGCCCAGGUGGUCCCCACACCCAGGGCUGCUGGGUCAGCCUUAAUCAAGCAGAUAGACCCAGCCUGUGCUGGCAGGGGUGGUGAGGUGAUGGGGGAAGGCCAGAGGUCUGGAACUGGCCCUGUCAGAAAAACUGGGGUCUUGUUCUCAUCACUCCUUCCCAGUUCCGCUGUUUAUGCUUCUAAAAUAAACAGACUUGAGCACAA